GCGGGCCGAGUUCUCAAAUUCGGUUUUCGGAGUUUGUUCGAACGGACUUCGACAGUGAGAUGAGUGGUUAGUCGACGGAUUUUCCUUUCACGUAGAGGGAAUGGAUCCUCUCCGAUUGCUGACGUACUUUCAUUUAUUGUUUUGCGUAAUAAUAAACACUGUUGAUAAAAAAAGACUGGAUGAAAUCAUUUUGAAAUUUAUAAAUCUUUUUGAAGAACGUGGUUAAAAAAGAAAGGAAUAUACGUUGAAAUAACAACAAGCAGAAAUACUCAAAAGUGCUUACUUUGAAAUUACAAGUGACUGGAAAGUGGAGUUGUAAGUGUUUAUUGAAAGUGAAUCAGUGACGUAAUUUAUUCGAGCGCUACUUAUUCAAGAGCUUAUUAAUUCUGAAUAACUGCUUCUUCAGUUUCGUUCAAAUGACGACCUGGUGUGGAAUUUAAAUAGGGACAUCUUCCAGGUGGUCUCCUCAAGAGGGCAGGCAAGGGAAUUCGUUGAUUACAGGAAUUCGCCGAAACAGCCAUGAACGAGCUUCUGGGAUUAUAUGGCUACGGAAAGGUGGACAGCACAGACACACUAGGCCUGUCCCUGACCCGAUUCACCAAUCACAGCCCGCCUCCUCCCCCUCCUUCCCACAACGUGGGGAGCAACAGCCCCCUGCGGCCGACCAAUCACAGCCCCUCGCUCUCGGCCAAUCACAGCCCGCCCCCUCACCCUUCCACUUCGGACCACGAAGACUCCUUGGACUCCGACGGGGUGCCAGGUCCUGGACAAGUCGAAAACAGCCUAAGGAGCCUCAGUCCAGGGAAGACUGACCAGGGGUCAGGGUCGUCUAGGGGCAGCACCCCGAAGUCAGACAGCGGCGGUGUUCUGGGCGGAAGCGGAGGCGGCGGCGGAGGAGGAGGAGGCGGCUCGGGCGUGGUCCUGUGCUCGUGGUGUGGCCGAGUCUGCACCAGCGGAGGUCGGAGGGGCACGAGCGCCUUCCAGCUGCCCACGACCAGCGGCGACCGGCACUUCUGCUCGGAGGUGUGCUUCACGCAGUGCCGCAGGGCCUCCUUCAAGAAGAGCAAAGUGUGCGACUGGUGUCGCCACGUUCGACCGACUGUGACGUACGUCGACUUCACCGACGGAGACCAUCAGUUGCAGUUCUGUAGUGAUAAAUGCCUGAACCAGUACAAGAUGCAGAUCUUUUGCCGGGAGACAGAGGCCCAUCUGCAGAUGCAUCCUCACCUGAACGACCUCAAGCCAGCAUCGACAACUGGCCUCAUCACCCCUGACCUCUGGCUUCGUGACUGUACCCAGAACAGUGAAGCGGACUCAGGUCCAGAUGGAGAUAUACAAGUGGAGUCUCCGUCAUCUCCGCCACCUGUCUCCCCUCCCUCGGUGUCCUCCGACCCCAGCGAGCCGGUUAACCUAACAACGCAACCCGCUUCAAGAAAUGAGUCCCAGAGGUCUUCGCCCUCCUUGUCUCAGAGAUCACCAAUUGCUAGUCGUCAAGGGUCCUCCAGGUCCUCCGAAGUGCUAAGUCCAGGGCCACCGCCAGCUCCUCGUUAUGGCCGCCCAAGAUUACGAAACCGCCGUGAAGGAAUAAAGGACAUAGGAAGGCCUAGAACUGUCCGAGCCUCCUUGCAGUUAGCCCGGUCUGCUAAUCAUGACAUUGAGAAGUCAGACGAGCCCAUCCGUUUGCCAACCAUACGUGUUCGGCAGCUAGAAGCACAACAGCAGCAAGAACAGCUGGCUGCAGAGCAUGAGCUGCCCAGCAGCAGUGGCGUUGGUGGCGAGAACAGCAGUGAUGUUCCUUCACCUCAUCCCGCACCUCAGCCACCAGCUUUGCCUCUUGGUAGCCUUGGUGGGGGUUUGGGUGGCCUGCUGCCAAUGGUGGGUGGAGCUCCCCUACUGUUACCCCACAUGUUGCCACAUGACAUACCACGUACUCCUCUACUUCCUCAUCUGCUUUUGCAGCAUCCAGAACUUUUAAGACACCCUCCACUUCGCCAUCCUUUGCUUCCAGCUCCUCCAGCACCUGCUCCUCCUACCCCUGCACCUCCAACUGUUCCCCCACCUCCUCCUCCUGCCCCACCUAAAACACCAAGCUCUCUAUUACCACCAGUCACUGUGUUGAUACCUUGUCCAAUACCCAUCCCAGUGCCUAUCCCCAUUCCAGUACCAAUACCUAUACCAGUAUCCUCUUACUCUGAUGGAAAUGAAACUAGGUCUACCAACACCCCUGGAAAGGAUACAGCAGGACGGCCUCGGGCAGCUCCUCGGAAAGAAGGAAGCAGAUCAGGCUCUGUCAUAGCAGGACCAGUGGUUGCAGCUGCAAGUGCUACAGUUCCUCAGUCCUGUCCCGUUCCAGUACAGCCUCCUCCUCCACCCCCUCCUCCCCCACCAACAACUUCCUCCUCUUCCUGUGAUAGUGAAAGAAAUGCCCCAGCCAGGCCAGACAGAGAACGGCGUAGCAUAUUACGGUACACGUCGGAUGUGUACGAGAUCAAUGGUAUGUUUUUACCGAGGGAUUCUGCAUGGGAAGCUCCUGAACCACUUCAGCUUCGUCGUGCUUUGGUUGGUGACCCGGGACGUGGCUCACCUUAUGAGCAUCAAAGUGAUUUUGACUCGCAUGGUGUGUCCCAUUCACCAUCUCCAGAACCAGCCGAAGACAACAAGGAAUCUCUGACUGGACUCACAAGAAGGGAGGAAGACCUAAGCACUGUGAAAAAGCUGCUUGGUGACGAUGAAGAGGGAAGCCAUGGUGGGGACGAUGUUGUAAAACUGAGGUCGUCGACACCAACUGCAGUUGCUUCCCCAACCACUUCUCCUUCGACCAGUAGGAAGAGGCACACCACAACGGAACAUCACCAACAGCCUUUGCCAAAGAAGAAGCACCUCCUUGUGUGACACUGGUUCAGGUGGUCUCUGUACUUGUAAAUGAUGAGCAGAAAGGGAAAUCUAGGGUUCCUCCUGCAUCUGAGCAGGAGGAGGAAGCCUUUUCCAUGACAGAUAGCAACGACUUCACGAAAGGAAAAUAGAUCAUGCUCUAGUUGUUUAAUGUGCUCAAGCUUUACUAGAAGGGAUAUGUUUAAAAUGAAAAGAUGAUAUACUGUACAGUCACCUGCCCAUCUAAAGUCUUGUAAAUAGAUUAAGUGUAGUUAAAAUGGGGAGCAUAUGAUAAGAAAUUAUGUGUGUAAACCAAUUCAACCGUGUUUUCUGUAUCAGCCCUGCCUUGAAGGCUACCAUUCAAUGUUAGCUUACAGGAAAAACACUAUUCAUUGUGAAAUUUUGUGUGCCAAAGAAAACUGGAUAUUGUUUUUUUUAAAAAAAAGCUUAGAUUCCCGAUUUUCAGAACUUCAAAGGCAUUUUAGUCAAAAACACAUCACAGAUAUUUUUGUCCUGCCAAAUUCAGACUGUAGAUCCGCCCAAAGGAGACUGCAGCCUAACAACGUCAAGAUAUAGAAAGCACUACAGAGAUCUACAGAAAACCUCCCACUCUCUCACUCCUGCAUCAUGAUGGCACCACUAUCAUGCAUGUCUCCACUCUGUACGAUAGCUGUCUAUCUUACUGUCUGUAUCAUAACUGUACAAUGACUUUAUAAAUGUAACUGUAUAUACAGUGAUAUAUUCUUAUGCUACGUGUUAUAUAAAUGUUUUGAUGUUGAUAUAUCAAAGUAUACAUGUAUAUGUGCCACACAGUUAUCUUUUUCACGUCAUUUUGUAGUGAGCUCUCUUCCUCAUUUCUCUCGUUCCUAAAGAUAUCUAGUCACUGGGGCUGGUGUACAUUAUUUAUAUGAGAAACAAAAAUGGAUGCGUUGUUUUCAAAAAGGAAAAUUGAAAGCAGUGGCUGGAGAAGUUACGGAAAAUACUCGAUUUAAAAAAGCUUUGUAGUGAUUAAAUUGAAAAAGAGGUCGUCUCUUUCAGGGGGGAUUGAUUUUUGAAAACAUCUGUUCUUUCAGGACUGCAGUUUUUAUAUAAGGAUUGUGCAGGUGUUUAAUCCACCUGUAUAAGCGUUUAUUUGUCUGGAUAAAUUUAGGUCUGCUGGCCGGUAUCUAGCUUGUCACAUUUUUUGUUUAACUUUGGAGUAACUUUUUUUUUGGAUUCGCCCAAAGGGUCAACAUUUCGGAAACAAUUUUUCAACCAUGGAAUCACUCUUUAUUUAGGAUCACCCAAAAGUUAAUUAAAUUUGAAACUAUUUUACCAUGAAGUAAUUGAUUCAGUAUCAUCUAACUAUAUGGCUAUAUGAAUGACAAAGACUCAAAAGGCAAUGGUUAUGCAGAGGUUAAUUCUAUCAUUGAUUCUGAUAGAGACAGAAAUCAGAGCUAGAUGUCGCUUCCAGAUGAAGACCAGUAUCUUGUGUGUGGUAAGUUCUCCAGUCACUGCAGCUCACACACAAAGUGUAAAAAGAUUUUCUUUACCAAGGAAAAAAAUAUAUUGAUGCCCUUAAUGUUUGCAAGUUAGGCUUCAUGCACACAGAAAGAAGUUCAGUAGGUUGGGAAAGUUACUUUUAGAAGAAGAGGUAACAGUUAAAAGUUUAUGUUUGCUAUUAGCUCUUGUAAAGAGCAGGUUCUUACAUGGCCUAGCCCUCUGCCAGAUUCUGAAUAUAAAGGUUCUUUGUAAAACACUGGCAAAUGACUCCAAAAUUAUGCUUUUCAAUUGUGUACAGUUUCUUUUUAUUCGACCCUUAAGUGCUUCUUGAAGUCCCUUGCAGUUUCUAGUCCCAGAACCGUCAAGUUUUAUCUGCAGUUAGUUACAACUUCUUUCAAGGAGUUCAGAGAUUUUAAACUGGUACAGUCAAGAAGUACCUGCCAGCUAUUUGGCUGCGGUUUCUUCAGCCAUCACAUGUAGAUGAUGAACCUACGGUUACCUCCAUUUCGUCAAAAGGGGUAGUAUAACCUGUAACUUUCAGUCUGUUUUGAACCACUUUCUGUGUACAGGUAGCCUUAGUGUUUGUCCUGCUUCGCCUAGUAAAGGUUAGUAAAUUUUAUUUUUUUCGUACUGAGCUCAUUCCUAACUGAUUAGACUUCUGUCUGGGAGACUUAUCACUUCUCAGUGGGUGAUCUGCUAAAUUACGUUCGCUGUUAUUAGUAAGCGUGGUAAUUCUAUGGAAUAACUCCACAAGGACUGCAAGGCACGUUCCUGCGAAUACGAUAGCCACUGGGGAUUGGGACGUCAAAUGUAUUUCGCCUCGUUUAGUACUAGCCCCUGGGGGUUAAUUACAGUCGACCCCCCCAAAAGAAAGGUAAAUUUUUAAUAAGCAACCUAAAUACUGUAGGGAACUGUAAGUUCCAAAGAGAUACUCGACGCAAAGUUAUUACCUAGUAGUAGGUCUACCAUAAGCACUCUCACCAAUUACUGGGAAGUCUGUCAGCUGAAAAACUUGUCGAGUUAAGGAAACUCAUAUAAAGAAAAAAAAUUUCAAACUGGAAAAACGUUGUUUUUUAUGUAUAAAAGUCUCUUUAUCAGUUAUAAAUGAUCUAAAGAUCAGACAUAAAAAGAUAAAUAAACUGGAUAACGGGAUAAGGAAAGAAUUUGAGUACUGAAAUCCAAAAAAUAGCUGUAGACCCAUCUUUGGAAGGAUUACAGAAGCAACUGUCAGUUUUACCAUCUGAAAAGCAUUGCGUUCUCUGUUACCAUAUUUACAACUUACGUUUUUUUAUUUUUCAACUUGAGAACGAAAUAGUCUACUAUAACAAGACCUAGAAAAAGACUAGCGCACAUGGACCUAAUCAAAAUGGUAUCUACGCCGCUAACCUUGGAGGUUCCGUGGGUAGGCCUAACAACAGAUUUACGUAGUUCGGAAGUCACGUAAAGACGUUGGUCCCGAUGCUGAAUAACCACAGGUUCAAUGCAUCGUGUACACACACACACACACACAGACACUGAACGGUUGCCAAACGGACAGCAUAUUUGACCACCAAAAAAGAUUGACUUUUACAGCCACAAAAAGAUGACCGGUAGGUAUUACCAAGAUGAAAUGGCUCUUGGUGGCCACCUGAAAACUUAGCAGCCACCAAAAGUGGCCUUCCGUGGACUACCAAAAUAAUGACCUGUGGUGGCCACAUAAGUAAGAGGUAACCUACGGUUGUCCUAAAACAUAUUUUCUUAGUGGCCAAAGAUGGUGGUUUAGAUGAAGUGUUGGUUCUGCCACACUGUUUUAUAUUCAACGUUGCUUCAUUUUCUUUCUUGAUGUCCAUCCCGUUUACUUUUGAAUCAAGUUUUAUCAUUAAUACAAAACAGUGUGGAAAAAACAUCCUUUCAGAUUUUCUGUUCAGUGACAGCACCAACUUUCCUCAACAAAGUUGGUCUUGGUAGUGAACGCAAGGUUGUAAUGCUAGUUACUCCCAUAAUCAUAAUUUCGGUUGAUUUGAUCACUUAAUACUAUCAAUGAAUAAUCCAAUCACUUCCUUGAGACAAAAAGCCCUUCCCUAGAUAGUAGGCCUUCCUCAGAUAGUAGGCCUUCCUCAGAUAGUAGGCCUUCCUCAGAUAGUAGGCCUUCCUCAGAUAGUAGGCCUAUAUCCGUCAGGUGCGAGCUCAGGCGAUCUCCUUAAGGACGUAAGCAGGCAGGUUAAUGAACGACUGUGCUCUAGGUUUGUUGCUGUGCAUUCCAGUCCCUUGUUGUCCAGGUAGUAGCAGAUUCUGUAAUAAAGAUGGAAAAUAU